AUGGAACUAAAAGCAACCACAGGAACAACCGCUAUUAAUAAAGGGCAAGCUGGCCAAGCCUUAAUCAUUGGCAGUAGCAGUAACAGUAACAGUUGCAGCAACAACAACAAUAACAAUAUCAACAGCAACAACAACAACAAUAACAGUAGCAAUAGCAACAACAAUUGCCAGACCAUAGACACCCUCAUAUUGGCCAACAAUGGCCAGCGACGUCGCGUGGCUUCAACGGAUGGUGGCUGCACAUCCAGCAACAACAGCAACAACAAUAAUAACGGUAACGGCAGCAACAAUAAUAACAACAAAAAUAACAAUAACGGCAACAGCAACAGCGGCAGUAACAACAGAAGCAGCAAGCUAAACAAAAUGCAUUCCAGUGAAGAGCCACCCAUGACGGUUGUCGUCGAUCCUGGCCAGCAAAAGUUGCGCCGGAGUGGCAGCGCCUCAAAAAGGCUGCGCAAAACAAGUUCCUCAAGUGCCAAAGUGAUGGGCACGCCUACACCAACGCCAACGCCUUCGCCUACACCUGCACCAGCCACGCCUACGCCGAGUGGCAGGCAGCAGCAUCAUAUGGGUGACUCCUCAACGCGCCCACGACGCCAGCCAUCGAUCGCUUCCGAUUCGGCGCAGAGGCGUCGUGUUGCCGGAAAUUCUAGCCAGCAGGGGUCGCAGCCACAGCAACAGCGGCAGCGUCGACGGCGCACAUCAAGAAGGCAUAGUGCCGCAUCAACGCCCAGUGGUGGGGCCGGCGGCGGCGGCGGCGGCGGCGUGUCUGCGGCCAGCUCUUCGACCGCCUCCAGCUGCAAUGGCAGCUGCAGCUCCGACGACGGCGACUCGUCACAUACGUCAUCGUCUAGUUCGUCGGGGGAGCCGAAUCUGCCAUACCCGGGCUUUCCGGAGAUCGCCAUGAAGUCGCUGACGCAGGACACGCGGCCGCGCAACUGGUGCCUGAUGCUCAUCACCAAUCCAUGGUUCGAGCGCGUUUCGAUUCUGGUCAUAUUGCUUAAUUGUAUUACUCUGGGCAUGUAUCAGCCCUGUGUGGACGAUGCCUGCGUGACGAAUCGUUGUAAAAUUCUACAGAUUUUCGAUGACAUCAUCUUCGCCUUCUUUGCCCUGGAGAUGACCAUCAAAAUGGUGGCCAUGGGCAUGUGUGGCAAGAACACUUAUCUGGCUGACUCCUGGAAUCGCCUGGACUUUUUCAUAGUGCUGGCUGGCCUGCUGGAGUACGUGAUGCAUGUGAAGAAUCUCAACCUGACCGCCAUUCGAACAAUUCGAGUGCUUAGACCGCUGCGUGCCAUCAACCGUAUACCUAGUAUGCGAAUUCUGGUCAUGCUCCUACUGGACACGCUGCCAAUGCUGGGCAAUGUGCUGUUGCUCUGCUUCUUCGUGUUCUUCAUCUUUGGCAUUAUCGGCGUGCAGCUAUGGGAGGGUAUUUUAAGACAGCGUUGUGCACUCGUCCCACCCCCGGACGUGGUCUAUCCGGAAACUGUCUCACACUAUUAUGAGUUCUCCAAGGAUCAGGACUAUAUCUGCUCCACCCCAGAAGAUUCGGGCAUGCACUUGUGCGCCAACUUCCCACCCUAUCGAAUCGGAGCGCUCGUCUGCAACGCGGAUGCCAAGCCGUUCGACUUCAACGAGCCGACGAACACCUCGUGCGUCAACUGGAACCAAUACUACACGAUGUGCAAACAGAGCGGCGAGAAUCCAUUCCAGGGCACCAUAUCCUUUGACAACAUUGGCAUGGCCUGGGUGGCAAUCUUUUUGGUCAUCUCGUUGGAGGGCUGGACGGACAUAAUGUAUUACGUGCAAGACGCCCACAGCUUCUGGGAUUGGAUCUACUUCGUUCUGCUAAUUGUUAUCGGCUCAUUCUUCAUGAUCAACUUGUGUCUGGUCGUCAUUGCCACGCAGUUCUCCGAAACAAAGAAACGUGAAAUGGAGCGCAUGCGACAGGAGCGAGCACGAUACACAUCCACAUCGACGCUUGCCUCCAGCACCAACAACUCGGAACCAGCCACCUGCUAUGCGGAAAUCGUGAAAUACAUUGCGCAUCUAUGGCGACGCUUCAAAAGACGAAUGUUAAAGAAGUACAGAUUAUAUAAGUACCAGCGCCAACAGCGCAAGGAGGGACUGCUGCCCAAUGCAGACAACCUGACGUUUUCGCCAUCCCGUAUCAAGUGCCACCAUCCGAAGUGUCCCAAGUUCAGCCAUCGCAAGCCGUCCAACAUACAGGAUCAGAUGAUAACCGUCAUGGUGCCGCUCAAUUCGAAUAACAACAAUAAUAGCAGCAGCAACAACAACAAUAACAAUCACAAUGGAAAUAGCACCAACGUUCAGUCGCCACGUCCCUCUCCGAGCACCGCCGGCAGUGGUGGCACCAACGCGGCCACCACCACCGUAGCCCUCGUAAACGGUAUCAAUGGCAGCACGGCCAGUGUGGCAACAGCAGCCGCUGGUGGACUCUACGGCAGCUACGUCAGCGCCCAGCAACUCCAGCAGCCCCAGCAACACUCCUCAUCGGACAACACUGAACAGUCCCUCGAGUGUCCUGGCAGCAGUGGUAGCGGUGCACUGGGAAUACGCGGCUCAUCGCUAAAAAGGUCCACCCACAACCAACUGAAGCCCGAAGGCAGCAGCGCCGAGCAGAAGACAAUUCUGCUUAAGUUUCCGCAGCAGAUCAUCGACUCGGAGCAACUGAUUCUGCAGUUGGGAAAUUUAGGCAAGAGUCAUCCGUGCACCUCGGGCUUCCUCAGCCCACCCACAUCGGUUAGCCGGAGGCCAUCGGUCAUGUUUAAUGAGUACGUGCUGCUUCAUACGCCGCCCGCACUUAGUGCUGAGCCCACAGGCAGCGGCACUGUAAGCGUAAGUGGCGUAAGCGGCGGUGGUGCUGCAACCGCCACAGCCACGUCCAACAUAAAUGGAGUGGCCAGUGAGAAGAGUAACAUCUUCUCAACAGAGAAAAUGACACAGGCCGGCGAUGGCAGCAUCUGGCAGGUGAAUCUACCGCAGACCAUCGGCACCAUAGCCAAUCCAUAUGCAGAGUGCUCUGAACUGGGUAUACACGACGCGAUGACUUGUCAAGAGCUCUUAGCAUUUUCUGUGGCCUUUUCAGCGGCAUUGCCCACGGGUCAAAGCACGCUUGAGUCAUUUUACUCAUCGCUCGCACGCUGUGAUCCCCACACGGCCGAGGCGCUGAAAAACCAACACAAGCGUACAGCGGGAGUGGCCGCAGUCGCGUCCACCGCAUCAGCUCCAGUCUCAGGCCCAGCCUCAGCCACCGGCUCAGCAACGGAGCAGCAGCAACAGCAGUCAGCGGCCACUGCGACUAUGACCGGCUCUGUUUGCGCCGAGACGCAGACGGCGAGUCGUCGCAAGGAGACACAGCCUCAGCCACAGAACUACCAUCACAGCAACAACAAUAAUAAUGGUAGCCACAACAACAAUGGUCAGCAGCAUGGCACCAGCGGCAAUGGAGCCCUUGGGCUGAGUCAUAGACAAACUGGCAAUUAUAUGGAGGAUUAUGCCUGCUGCUACGAUCUGUAUCAGAAUGCGCUUUCGCCGCUAGAUGAAAGACGGCGCCAGUGGUCUCCAGCUAUGCGUGGCAUAAUUGCAGUCUAUCGCUGCCUGUCCAGGGUUUGCAGCGUCAUCCGCCGCUAUAUACGACGUCUGGUCGAGCACAAGUACUUCCAACAAGGCAUACUCUUGGCCAUACUGAUAAACACACUAUCGAUGGGCAUUGAGUACCAUAACCAGCCAGAAGAGCUGACGGCCAUUGUGGAGACAAGCAAUAUUGUAUUCUCGGGCAUCUUUGCAGUGGAAAUGCUGCUCAAAGUCGUAGCCGAGGGGCCGUUCCGGUAUAUUGCCAACGGCUUCAAUGUCUUCGACGGCAUCAUUGUAAUUUUAAGCGCCAUUGAGAUAUGCCAGCAAUUUUUGGGGAACGGAACUGGAGGUGGGGGCUCUGGUCUCUCGGUUUUACGCACAUUUCGCCUGCUGCGCAUCCUUAAGCUCGUGCGCUUCAUGCCCAAUUUGCGGCGCCAACUGUUCGUCAUGCUGCGCACCAUGGACAAUGUGGCUGUAUUCUUUUCUCUCCUGGUACUUUUUAUAUUCAUAUUCAGUAUACUCGGCAUGAAUCUGUUCGGAUGUAAAUUCUGCGAGAAAAUUAAUGGAGAGAUGAUUUGCGAUCGUAAGAAUUUCGACAGCCUGCUUUGGGCGCUCGUCACAGUGUUUCAGAUACUCACACAAGAGGAUUGGAACGUCGUGCUGUUCAACGGCAUGGAAAAGACAAGUCAUUGGGCCGCAUUGUACUUUGUGGCCCUAAUGACGUUCGGCAAUUAUGUGCUGUUUAAUUUAUUGGUGGCCAUUUUGGUUGAGGGAUUCAGUUCAGAGCGAAAUGAACGUCGCGAGCGCGAACAACGCGAAUUGGUCAAAAAACUGCGCGAAGAGACAUUGGCCGAAAAUUAUAGCGAUGGUAUGUACGAUGAAUCACGCAGCGAAGCUGAUUCAUCGACCACUAAUGAAAGUUACUACGAGGUUCGAAACCGUUGGCGCAGCGCCGAGGAUGUGCGCAAGCUGCAGGACUCGGCCGAGCUCAUCAUCGAGGCAAAGAGCAAUAUGCAUCGCCAGCGGCUGCUUCAGCCCACCCAAGACUAUCAAAUAAAUGAGCUGCCCGGCAGCGGUGGCGCUCUAGGCGCUGAAAAGGAGACCGGCAGGCUAAUGGCCGACGAAGACAAGCCGAGAGGCGGCCUCAAAAAGACAUACUCCAUCAAGGAAAGGCGCAGCGAGGCCUCGCGUCUCUCCAAGAUAAGACUCAUACGCGAGCCACCUAUCAUCACAACAACGGCUGCCACGCCACAGGACUCGCCAAGCACCACACUGGAGCCUGGCAUGAGCUUUCGUCAGUGGGGCGAUGCCGAGCCACCUAGCUCCCCAUCACCGUCGCUGCUCAAGCCACCAAAUAUCUUCACCGGACAGCGUUCCCUGGAUGAGGGCAUACCCGCCAUCGAUCUCAUACCACCGUCUCCAGUGCUGGCGCACAAGCCAUUGAACAUAUUGAACGCCAGUCAGUUGCAGGGCCAUGCCGCAGGUACGGGCAGCAGCAGCGGACAGCUGAACCAGCUAAGCAGCCUCAUUCCCAGCGCUCUGGGCAGCAGCAUGCACAGCGUUAUUAUCGAUGACAUCUCUAAGAAUUCCAGUACCUCUGCCGCCACGGCGCCCAUUUAUGUACCGACUAUUUCCUCAGCAGCGACUAUUUCGACGUUGCAGCCUCCGCCUUCAUCAGCCGGCCGUGCCCUGACCCCUGAUUCGGUAGAAGGCGUCAAUGAGUUGUCGCCCCUAACAGCAUCGCUGCCGGGCUCAGUCAGCUCCAGCACCGCUGCAGUAGCUCCGGGGAGCGCCGCUUCAACCAGCGGCAGCUCGUCCAGCGAACGAUUGCCCAUAACAGGCAGCAGCUUUAAGCAGCGCUUUCGCCGCAGCAGCUCCAAAAAAAGGCCACCGCUGAAACCAACAGCGGCCGACGACAAUAUUGGGGCACCGGACGAUGAGGAACAGCAACUUAACAAUGGUAGCGACAACUCCUGCCUGUUGGGUGUGAGCGCAGCCCUACGUGGGGAGACCACCUCGGCACCUAAACACAAAGAAACCAAUCGCCUGAGCCCACAAAACUCCAUACGGCGACUUUCCAACACGCUGAGUAUUGGCAGCGGUCCGGGCAGCAGGCGUGCCUCAGCCUGCAUAUUUAAUUCGCAAGUGUAUCAGAAUCUCAAUCAGCCACCCAAGCUAAAGGCAGGAGCCGGCCAGCGGCGCAUGUCCUCCAUCGAGCUGGCCUUCAGCAAGACCUCGCAUCUGAAUCUGCACAACUUGGAGGCCAAUCGAAAGUCACUAUCCUACACAAACUCUAAGAUCGACCUGAACAAAUGGGAGAAAUCCUACACCAAUAUCAAUGAACCUGACAUGCUCCAGCAGUACAUGGAGGCGCGCGAUAAACGCAAGAACUCCAUAAGCCACUACCACCUCAAAAAGCGGCUUGAAGAGAAGGAACUGCAACAGUUGCAGCAGCAGCACGAGGCCCAAAUGCAGUCACAGCUACAGCCAGAGCACUUGUCCAAGGAUCUUCAGCAGCAGCAGCAGCAGCAACAGCACUACCAACACCAUCAGCAACAUUCCAUGGCUGUCAGUGGGGAGCGCGUGUCGAAACUAAAAAUACUAAUUAACCGUUUGACACCGAAGCACUUCACGGCUGAGCGGGAGUCGUACUCGAUGUACGUCUUCCCCGAGGAAAAUCGAUUCCGACAAAUCUGCACGUGGUUUGUGAAUCAAAAAUGGUUCGACAAUGUUGUGCUGCUUUUCAUUGCGCUCAAUUGUAUUACACUGGCCAUGGAACGACCAAACAUCCCUCCAAGCAGCACCGAAAGAUUGUUCCUGGCAACAGCCAAUUACGUGUUCACCGUCGUCUUCACUGUCGAAAUGUUCAUUAAGGUAGUUGCCACGGGCAUGUUUUAUGGCCCGGAUGCAUAUUUCACAUCCGGCUGGAAUAUAAUGGAUGGAUCUUUGGUUACCAUUUCGAUAAUUGAUUUGUUAAUGUCAUUGAUUAGUGAAUCGAGCCCCAGGAUAUUUGGGAUUUUAAGGGUGUUUCGGCUACUUCGUUCCCUGCGGCCGCUGCGUGUGAUCAACCGCGCCCCGGGUCUGAAACUAGUCGUGCAAACGCUCUUAUCGUCCCUUCGUCCCAUUGGCAACAUCGUGCUGAUCUGCUGCACCUUCUUCAUCAUUUUUGGAAUUCUGGGCGUGCAGCUAUUUAAGGGAACCUUCUACUACUGCGAGGGAGAGAACAUCAAGAACGUGCGCAAUCGCGAAGAGUGUCGCAAAAUACCGGGCAACGUGUGGACGAACCGCAAGUACAAUUUCGAUGAUCUGGGCAAGGCGCUAAUGUCGCUCUUCGUGCUAAGCUCCCGUGACGGAUGGGUGAACAUCAUGUACACCGGCCUAGAUGCCGUCGGUGUUGACCAACAGCCCAUUGUUAACUAUAACGAAUGGCGGCUACUCUACUUCAUUGCGUUCAUUCUGCUCGUCGGCUUUUUUGUACUCAACAUGUUUGUCGGAGUCGUCGUAGAGAAUUUUCAUCGCUGUCGCGAGGAGCAGGAAAAGGAGGAGAAAAUUCGACGUGCCGCCAAGCGGGCCCUUCAAAUGGAGAAAAAACGGCGACGCAUGCACGAACCGCCCUACUACACAAACUACUCACCCACCCGCAUGUUUGUACACAAUGUGGUCACGUCCAAGUACUUCGACUUGGCCAUUGCAGCGGUCAUUGGGCUAAAUGUGGUGACCAUGGCUAUGGAGUACUAUAAAAUGCCGGCACCGCUGCAGUACGCGCUGAAAAUUUUCAACUACUUCUUCACCGCCGUCUUUAUACUGGAAGCCAACAUGAAGCUGGUGGCCCUGGGCUGGCGUCUAUACCUUAAAGAUCGCUGGAAUCAGCUGGACGUGGGCAUCGUACUGCUCUCCAUUGUCGGCAUUGUGCUGGAGGAACUGGAGACGAACAUCAUCCCCAUUAAUCCGACGAUAAUCCGGGUUAUGCGGGUGCUUCGCAUUGCGCGCGUCCUUAAGCUACUCAAAAUGGCGAAGGGAAUACGUGCUCUGCUUGACACUGUAAUGCAGGCACUGCCGCAGGUCGGCAACCUGGGCCUGCUCUUCUUUCUGCUCUUCUUCAUCUUCGCGGCGCUGGGCGUGGAGCUCUUCGGACGCCUAGAGUGCUCAGACGAGAUCCCAUGCCAGGGACUCGGUGAGCAUGCGCACUUCGCCAACUUUGGCAUGGCUUUCCUCACAUUGUUUCGCGUAGCGACUGGCGAUAAUUGGAACGGCAUCAUGAAGGACACGCUGAGAGAUAAUUGCGAUGACGCGGCUGAUUGCGUGCGCAAUUGCUGCGUCAGCUCGGUUAUCGCUCCCAUAUUCUUUGUGAUAUUCGUGCUAAUGGCGCAAUUCGUUUUAGUGAACGUCGUCGUGGCUGUACUGAUGAAACACCUCGAGGAGAGCCACAAGCAGAUGGAGGACGAGCUAGACAUGGAGGUGGAGCUCGAGCGCGAGCUGGUGCGUGAGCAGGAGUUCGCGCAGGAGCAGAAGCUGUGCCAGCAGUUGGCGGAGGCGCAAAGUAAGGCGGUGGCGCCGCCGCGCCCGCUGGCCAAGGUUAAGUCACUACCAAAGAACUUCACCUACAGCACCCCCUCACUGGAAAAGAAGUUCCCCAGUCUGGCUAGCAGUGUGGCCACCGGUCUGGGCCUAGGAGCAGGUGCGGGCGCGGGCGCACGCCGCCAAACCGUGCAGUACUUCAACCAGCAAAACGGCCUGGGUAUGGCAGAAAUGGGUGCCACCCUAACGCCUCAAGCGCUCAGUGCACGGUUCGGCGAUUCAUUCGGCGGCCUGGGUUCCUCGCUGCAGCUGCCGACGCUGGGUCGCCGUGGGCGUCGUGCCUCAGCCGCUGGUUUUCGGAAACGUGGAAUCCUUUCCAAGGAGCGCUCUUUGGACGAGCAGGCCAUAAGACGACGCAAUCUAGAGGCAAAACGUACUAGUUGCGACUCGCUGCCAUGGGGUGGCGAUGCAGUUGACUACCGUCGUGGCACCAUCUUCGAAAGCCUCGAGUCGGACGGCAGCCCAUCCUCCAGCUAUGAUAUACGCAGCGUACGAAGUGCUGUCUUGCCACGAAGCGACGCCGUCGCUGUGGUCAGCGCACUGAUUGGCGAGGAGCAGCCUAUGGGGUUACUUCGGUCCACACCAACGACAACGGCAGCCAGUCUGCUUACGAUCAACACGCUGCCAGCCACGCCCACAGUUCCGCUGACACCACCAUCACUACCAUUGGUCCAACCCACCGCGAUGACGACAACAACGACGCCAACACCAACACCAAUUUCAAUACCGAUGCCAAUGCCAGCGUCAACGUCACUGUCAACGCCAACGCCAACACCUAUGGCGCAAUACCCACGUCGCCCCUUUGGGUGGUCCCAAUCUGUGGAUCAAGGAUGCCUCUUAGGCGCACCCGGGCGAAGCAGCCUGCUGUUAUCGGUACCGCGUUCCAUGCCCCCUCGCAGUCGCAGCGGCAGCACCAAGCAGUUGUUUAAACAACAGGCCCUAGACGAAGACCCGGACAUGGACGAGAGCUCGUUGCUGCUGCCUGUCGUGCUGACUUCAAAUGCGGGCGGCAGUGGCUCCGGCAGCCUGACUGACGAGGGCGGCAGUAGCAGUGGCGGAGCCAUUGCCACGGGCGGAGUUGGGAUGGAUUGCGCCGGUGUGAACAAAUCUGACUCGGCAGACAUAAUGCGCAUAAUCAGCGAACGACGACGCAUGGAUCAGCGUGAUCCUUGUGGCAAUGAGGACAGUGAUUACAAUGAGCUACUACUUGUCAAGUCGCCUCAGUCCUCGACGGAUGGCUGAAGGAGGACGGAGGACAUUAGCGUUAAGAGCCUAUGCUAAGGUCAAGAGCUUCUACAAACUUACUAACUACAUAUACAUACAUACAUACUUAUGUAUAAAUGAACACGCACUGUGCCCUAUAAGCUUUACUCUCAUUCAAAAACACUUUCUGUUUAUACUAUAUAUUUAACUAUCGCUGUCUCUGUUUCUGUCUCUGUCCCUGUCUCUCGCUUUCUAGCGCAGUCUCCAUCUUUUUCUAACAGUAGCCUUUGCUAACCUUAGGGAAUUUUCUAAGUGCUCAGUUUUAAACUAAAUUUAAAUCGAUAGGCGAUUACGAUAACUAAUCAUAAAUCAAUAGCGAUAGCGAUAAUGAUAACGAUAACGAUAUCUACUUAUAGAGCGUUCUUUAACAAAAUUGUCAACUGUUUUUAGUGCAAUCUACGGUUUUCAUAAGUUUAGUCUUUAAAUGGUAUUGUUAUAGCAACAACAAAAAAAACAACAAGAACAACAAGAGCAACAACAACAUAGCGAGCAAGAUGUAAUGUUGUUUGGAGCGUUUUCCUGUUUUUAAAAUGAAAAAUUACAAAUGAAACAAACAAUUAUGAUAUAUACAAGCCGUUAUAUGCGAUAUAUAUACAGUUAUACAUAACAUAGGAGUACAUACAUGAUGGAAAUUGUGAAAAAUCAUCAACUCUGUGAUUAGCUCUUAAAGUUUAAACAUUUAUAUGAACAUAUAUGCCUAUAUGUAAAUAAAGUAUGUGUAUUGUAUUUUAUGUAGUUUAACAAAAACAACAAGUCGCUAGCAAUUGGACGCUGAUUCAAAAAAUAACAAAAUAAUAAUUAUAAUAAUUGAUGAGCAAUAGUAAUUUUAGCUUGUAAGAUUCCUCACUUCCCUGGUACCCAAAUCCCCAAAAUUGGUGCACUGGAUCUUGCCACUUCUCACAGUCGCUGCCGUCAACAGAGAACCUUUACGAAAACGAAUUUACUUAGGUACUUAAAACUGCAACAACAACAAUACGCACCUCUUCUAUACCACAGUUUGUCUUUUCUCAACUAAAAACAAUGGCGACAAUCUCGUAAUUUCUAUCGCUUCUCCGUCAACAUCUGGCACACUCGAUUUCACUCCCUCUAUCCCUUCCCAACUACUACUGUAUAUCUUUCUCUCUCUCUCUGUUGCUCCAGCUUCCAGUUUAUGAUGAAAUUGAAGGUAUUGCCUUCAUCUUUCGCAACUUUCAUUUCAACAAAGUGUGCCAAAUAAUAUGAGUACGUUUAAUUUCAAGAAAGAACAAAGGGUAUUCAUAACUAGUGUAUGUUAAGUUUUUGCGUAGAGAAAUAAAAUUGAUAUACAUAUGUACACCUAUAUAUGUAUGUAUAAAAAUCGUGAAUGUAUUAAACGAGCAUCAAAUAAUAUUGUUGGAUUUUUACGAAGAGCCUGGAAUCAGCAGACAAAAGAUAAAAACAAUACAAAAAACAAAACAAGAAGCUAUUUUUAUAAAUAGAAUGCAGCAGCCAAUUUGGCAAAAAUCGAGGGAGAAUCAAACCAACCAAUAUAAAAGAUAUAUAGAUAUACAUACAUACAUACUAAGUAUACAUAUAUAGAGGAAUUUUCAAAUGUAGGCAAAAUGUAAUGGAAAUAAUAUGAGGGACAGAAAAAUAAAAAAAGAAAGCAACAAUAACAACAAAUAAAUUAAAACCGAACGCACUCUGCCAGCUCUGACCUUCUUUGAAAACCAUAAGCAGCAGCAACUAUAAAGUGUAGCAUUUAUAAAGAUAUAUAGAGAAUUAAUAACUACUUAUAUAUAUAUAUAUAGUGUAUAUAUUAUCUGUAUAUUGUAUGUAUAUGGAACUAUCAACGAAUUACAAUAGUAUAUUGCUGCAGCAAAAAAACAAAAAUGUACACAUACACGUACAUACAUAGGUAUAUAGAGACAUACAUAGGAGGUAUACCUACACUUUUUAGGCAUAUGUAGCUCACAACACGAACAUUGUCAAUUCUUCACCUAUGUAUGAUCAAUCAGAGCUAAUUUUCCAAAACGUUUACACUCUUUGUAGCAACUACAACAAAAAAACAAAACAAAACUCUCCCAAGUUUAGAUAAACUUUAAAAAGAAAAAUAUGAUCUUACAAACUUUAAUGGUGCGACACGGUCGUUCCGCACACACUUGCAUAUACAUACAUAUAUACAAGCAAACAAACAAACAACAACAAAAACAACAAAUUUAUUUAAUAAUUUCAU